ACCUUUUGCAUUUAUCAAGUAACAAGCGAGUCCCACAUAAAUCAUGCUGUUAAAAUGGCUAUAUCUGGGUCUGAUCUUAAUCGUUUUUACUCCUCACAUCAGCAGUCGUAAAGCAAUCUGUUUUUUGCCGAAAAAAACUGGCAUUGGUAAAACUUCUAAGAUAAAAUGGUACUAUGACACCAAUUGGGAAACUUGUCGGAGAUUUAGGUUUUUUGGAAACCGAGCUAAUAGAAAUGCAAAUAACUUUAGUACAUGGAGAAUAUGCAGGUUGAAUUGUAUGUAAAGUGUAAUUAGAGGAAAAAAAUAUUCAAAUCGUAAUAUUUAACAUCUUCUUAUAUUUUAAGCUAAUAUUCAUUGUGAUUUAAACAAGUUUUCCUGAUAACUUCUGUUAAAGAGUUAUUUUUUUACCUAUAGUUGUAACACUCUGUUAACAGUUUUUGUAAUAAAUUUUCUUUUUCUAAAAGCCGAAAAUGUAAGAUCAAAUAAAUAGCAGAUGAUAUCGAACGACAAAGUAUCAAAAUAUUUGUUUAUGAUUAGCACUCCGAAACGAACAGUUAAGUUUGUUUAUAGCACCUGAUUUAAUAUCGGCUGGUAGUUUGGAAGCAAACGUUGAUGGUAUAAAAGCCAUUAAUAAAUGUUUGUUCAUGUUGGUUUCAAUUGUUUCACCAUGCUGUUGAAGUUUUCGUACCUUGUUAUGCUUUUGGUGUUCUAUUUUCACCUGACUCAUUCGAUUAAGCGAAGAUGCCAGCCGCUGGGAGAGGGCACAGGAAAAGCCUACCUGCGCAAUUGGUUCUACAACUCCACAUCGCAUAGGUGUUCAAGGUUCAUCUUCUUUGGCGGUGCGAGUAAUGGCAACAACGUUGAUACCCAAGCUCGGUGUCGCAAAAUGUGCCUAGCCCAACUGCCUAUGUCACUUAAUAUUUCAGCCAGUGAUGAUGGAGCUUAAAAAGAACAAAGAUUCGAAUCAAGUACAAAAUAAUAAAUGAGACUUAAAUAAAAGUUAAAAGUUAAGGCGAA